UGGUCUGCUACUUUCACUUUUACCUUUGACAUUUGAGAUCAUGGCUGGAAUCAUUACGUAUCGACUUUUACGCGGUUCAAGAUCAGGUAAAGUAAAAAGUUCAGAUAUUUUUAUGUGUUCAGUUUGUUUAAAUAACAAUUAUAGACGAUUUUCUAGUGAGAAUGAAGCAUUAAAAUCUCUAAAGGUAGCGACGGAAGAUAGAGUGCUGGAAAGGAGAAAGCGUAGUGUGUCCUUUGUUUCCAGCAUCUCGAGUGCCCAUAUAUUCACUCGAUAUGAAUUUCAGAGAGCUUACUGCACAAAUAAACCUUCUGAUGUAUCAGAGGUUAGGAAUAUUAACCCACUGGGAAACAUUCAGUCAAAGGUGUAUUAUUUUGACACUUUGGCUGUUGUACAGAAACUUGUGGCAGAAGGCUUUACAGAGAAGCAGGCAAUAGCAAUAAAAGACAUUGUACAGGAAGUCCUCCAUUCCUCCAUAGACCAUCAGACCAAGGUUCUAGUCACUAAGGCACAAAUGGAAAUAACAACCCAACAAAUGAUGAUGCACAUCAACUCGGUUAAAAAAGACAUGGUUAUACUGGAGAAAAGUGAGUUCUCAAUGUUAAGGAGUGAAACAGAGAAGCAGACAAUGGAAAUACAGCAGCUAAAGAAAGCUCUAGAAAAUGAACUGGAUAAGCUGAAGGGACAUGUGAGACUGGACAUUAAUCUCGAGAAAAGCCGAGCAACUGAAGCACAUGCUCAGAAUGAGAAGAACCUUCAGAUGCUCCAUAACAAAAUAGAGACAGAUGUGGCAAAUGUCAGAACAUUAUUUGAAUCCUACAGAAAUGAUGUCAUCAAGUACUCAAUAGGAACUGCUUUGACAGCUGGGGCCACAGUCUUAGCAGUAAUGCGCUUGUUGAUUUGAUGACCAGAUGGUCUCCAUCCUAACAAGAAUUCCAUGGAAAUGCUGGACAAUACCAUUGUACAAACUUAAAAUAA